AUGCAGGCAGUUACUGCGCGAAGCAGCGUCUGCAGGAGCAGUACAAACCACGCCAAGGCCCUGGGAGAUUUGGACAGUGAUGAAGGUAUACGAGACAUCAAGAUGCCUCAGGGAGUGGAAGAAGGGGAGACUGGCAGGCAUGCAGACUCCACGGGGCUUUUCCCCGUGAAGAAGGUGGCUGGGAACUUCCACAUUACGACCGUCGCUCGAUCCCUCACCCUCAGGGCCACGCCCACUUGA